AUUAGCAUAAUGGAAUCAAUUGUCAGCCAUUUUCUACGAUAGAAGGCCACAACAAAAGUCGACUGAAGACAACAACGCGAUACUUUCUCGUUUUUACGAGAGUUCAAAUAAUGAAGGCAAUAUGGGUUAUAGGGGCAACCCUUAUUUUAAUGGAUUUUAUUUCUGGGAUGUCAGAGACCAAUGCACAUGAUCCAGUAAUAAACUCAAAGUUGAAAAAUGGCAGGGGAUUUCCCGUUUUUCAUGGGAACAUUACAGAAGGAAGUCGGGUAGUUCAGCUUGACCAACCACUGAAAGCCACAGAUGAGGACACUGUGGGUGGGGCAAGGUAUAUAUGUGGAUAUAGACUUAUCUCCCCUCGUAAAAACAUUCCAUUUACUGUGGAACUGUUGGACAGAACCACAGGAGAAGCCCAGUUGAAAGUGGCCGAUGGCCGAAAGGUGUCAUUUGAAAAGCGGAAACGGUACAAGUUCUCUGUGAUAGCUUAUGAUUGCGGGCAACCAGCACGUGAAUCAAACAGAGCUGUAAUUUUCGUUCGGGUAGAAGAUGUGGACCGUUUUGCCCCCACUUUUGACAAGCCCGACUAUGCUGUAGAUCUGGAAGAGGACAGAUUAUAUGACCCCUUGUUCACUUUACAUGCCCAUGACAAGGACAGGUCAAAAGAGUUCAGACAGAUCUGUGAAUAUGAACUGGAAACCCCCAAUGUUCCAUUUUCUGUAGAUAGAAAUGGAAAUAUUCGUAAUACAGAGAAAGUCUAUUACAGAGAUAGACAUAACUUUAUUUUGAAAAUCAUCGCACGUGACUGUGGGGGAAGGAAGUCAAAGGCUGUGUUUAUCAAUGUAUUAGUCAGGGAAAAAUGCAAGCCACAAUGGACAAAUUUCCCAGACCACCUGCAAUAUCUGGCUGGCAGUGGUAAACAGAGGGUGGCCCCCAAAGCCAGCCUCCGGUGGUGUGAUGACACCUGCACCCCUGACCAGGUGACCCUUCAAAUGCAGCUGGCCACCAAACACAUCGGCAAGGGCUGCGACCGUGAUACCUUCUCCAUCUCAUCACAGAGAAAAUUGUGUGGUGCUAAUGAUCAUGGUGUAGACUUGUUACCAUCUCCUAGCCUGACCUCUUCCUGGACACGCUUCCUGCCUACUGACGAUGGCAAGGAAAGUGACCAGGUGUUUUACUUUGAUGGUGAAAACAAUGCUGUAGAGGUGCCAGAAAACAUCUUCAACCACACCCUGCAUAAGCACUUCUCCAUUAUGAUGUGGAUGAAGCAUGAACAUUCUGAAAUCAAGGGUAAAAAGUACCCUAAGGAGCACAUCCUUUGCAUGUCUGAUGGAGAUAAUAUGAAUCGUCAUCACUACUCAUUGUUUGUACAUGGAGAUAAACUGGUUCUCCUUGUCCGUAGAGAGGCAGCUGACGCCUCUGACAUGGAAGUCUUUAAGCCUGCUGAAUGGCGGUGGAAAAUUUCUGAGAUCAACCAAAGAGAUGAGUGGCACCAUUAUGCCAUCAGCAUGAAUUUCCCUCAUGUCCAAUUGUUUGUUGAUGGGAACUUGGUGAUACCCAGUGAUGAAAAUUCAGAGGUUGUUGAUGAUUGGCCACUUCACAAGACUAACAAAGUUCAUGACACCAAACUUAUUGUUGGAGCUUGCUGGGAAGGUGGCCAUCAUAAAUUUAACCACUAUUUCCGUGGCUAUUUGGCUGGUUUGUCAAUCUUAAAGGGCAAGACAGAAAGUGAGAGGGUCAUUCGAUGUCUGAACAACUGCCAAGAAAACUUAGACUUCAGUGCUCUCAGUGCCAUGCAUAGUGGAACAACUGUGAGCUUUAAUAGACAGAUGACAGACUUCCGAAUUCAGAGUAAGAAUGUGUCUGAGGUGCAGGCUUUAUUGAGAGAAGUACACUACAUCAAUAGCAGAAAAUUCCCCACUCCAGGCAGGCGAAAUCUCACAGUGUCUACAGCUAUUCAUUGUGGGUCAGUUGAAACCUUCCUCCCUAAAGUGGACAGCUAUAUCCUGGUCAGACCAGCAGCCACACCCUCUAUUACCCUCCGAGGACACCCUUCCAUCAGAGCCACUGAGGACAAACUCAAGGCUGGCGUGAGGAUUUUUGAGGACAUCAAUAUAUCUGUAGAUUUUGCUGUAGAGAAAACUGGAGGAAAGGUGAACCAUAUUCUUGGAGAAGAUGAAAUUAAAGAUGGUAAUUCUGAUAUAGAACUGGGCAAAGAGGAGAAACUGCAGUUGAAAUUGGAGAGGAAGAAGGCAAAACAAGACACAAUCAGCAAGGUUUCAGAUGCCCAGUUGAUCCUGUUAGACAUGUGCACUGUGAAGGCAGAUCCCCCUCUUGAUCUUUAUCAUGAAAGGCUAGAACUACCCACAUCCAUUAUGAAUGAAUUCAACAUGAAAAUUGAGGGCACACAAACUAGUGAGGGCCUGGUAAUUUCGAAUGCAGAUAACAUCGAGGAUUAUGUCUUGGUGCUGAGAGGAAUUCUGUAUGUCCAUGAAAAAGAUAAACCAUUUACAGGACGUAGCUUCCAUUUGUCAUGUUCUUCACAGAAUGGUCGCUUUAUCAGCAAUUUCAUGGACAUCAAGGUAAUAAAGGUCGAAGAAGAAAAUAAUGUGAUUCUGCCAAUGAGAGCCCAGCAGGCUGUUCAGCAUAUUCAGCUACCCUCUGUUAGUGGGACAGGCAAUAUGGCUGUCGGAGCAGCUUCUCCAAAUGUAGGUAUGGUGGCAAUUAUUGUGGUGUGUGUGGGCUUCCUCUUAUUCAUGAUUAUUCUGGGGGUCAUCAGAAUCCGUGCGGCCCACAGAAGGACCCAGGUUGUACAGGUAGAGCCAGAGAUGGAGUGGGACAACGAAAUGAACCUCACUGUCAAUCCCAUGGAUGAGGAGACACACCCACUGCAUGUGUUUGAUUAUGAUGAGGGUGUUGGGAAGUCGAUGAGGGAUGACAGCGACUCUGAGGAUGAUUGCAGUAGUUAUCAUGAGGAGGAGGGGGACGAUUCCUCAGAUGAGGAAACAGUGCCCAAAAAAGAAUUAGAAUGGGACAAUGAACUGUGAGGAAAUAUAAAUCAAACAUUUCUGUUGAAAGAAUUUUGAUUAAAUUUUUGAUUUCAACUUUUAAAAAAAAACUUACAGUAGGAGUAAAUCCCACCGAGUUAAGACUUACUGGGUUUUUUUUAAGUCUGUUACUUACAUGAAAUUAGUGAUAAGGCAGUAAAGUAAAAUUUUAAAAGUGAUAAAUGUGUAAUAUUUGAAUUUUAUUGUAUAAACAUUUUUUUUUUAAAUCACAGUACAAAUGUGCACAAUUUAUUCAUACAAGCAAAUACAUUUGUUGACUGAGCUGUUAUUGUUAAGACUUGUACCUAAGAAAAUCAUAUCAAUGACAUUCACAUUAGGGUUAAGUUGCCAUGGUGAUCAUGAUGCUUUAAUGUCCACUUUCUGUCAUUAUGUUGUGUUUUUGUUUAAUUAUGUAUGGUGCUGUUACUCAAAGUAAAGAGUAUUUCUUUUUUGAGGGUUUAAUUUUAGAACUGCAGGUGAAGUACAUUUAUAUGACAUUUACUUCAGUUAAAAGUACACAUAGGUACUGUAAAUUUUACUUCCUCUUAAAUUAUGUAUUAGGUUUAUUCCUAGAAAUUCUUAUUAAGUUUUACCUUUCCAUUUUUUAAAGAAAUCUAUCUUUAUAAUUCACGUGUUGUGAAUUUAAUAUUUGUAUAUAUAGAAUUUAUAGAUAAAUGUAAUGUAAACUUUGAUGUGAAUAUUUUAGCAAAGGUUGUAUAAUCUUCAAUAUAAUUAUUUUUUUUUUAAAUUUUGAUUUAUUUUAAAAGCACUUUUACAACAUUCCAUUUAUUUCUUAGUCAGUUAAUACGAUGUACAUGUAUACACAUUUCAUCUGUUUGUUUUCUAAGGUCAUAAGCUCAGUAUUGACUUUUUAGAGGAAUUAUGAUAUUUCAGGGCUUACAUUACGUGUUGUGAUUAUCAUUGUUUGUGAUUCUUUUGUCUGUAGCUAAGCAAUCUCAACUAUGUAUUUCUCAUAUCAAUACAGACUUGUUCUCAAAAAAAAAAAACAUACCUAAUCUCCCAAUGUGUAACACUGUUGGUAUUCUAAAAUGAAAGCUUUUUUUUUGGCAUAUAUAUGUACAGCCAACAAUUAGAUUGUUGAAUGAUACAUUUUAUGUUUAAUGAUAUUUUAUACCAGUGUCCAAUAUGAAAAGUAUUUUUUUUUACUUAAUUCUUGGAUGUACGUGUAAUUGUGAAAUUAGAUUAUUUGCAUAUUACAAAGAAUUUUGUCCAUUCCAUAAUUUUUACUGUUUUUAAUCAUUUCAUUCCACACAGACAUUCAUUGAAUAACAAAAAGGUUUCUCAGAUGUAUAUACAAGUAGUGUUGCAAGAUACCUUCAUUCCAUGAACAGACUACAUGUAGUUCACUUGAAAGUUUUCAGCAAUAAAAUGUGUAAUUUUUGCAUAAUACAGUAUUUUAAUUUGCAAUUUGGAUGUAAGUUAAUGAUUAUGGGCAUUUUAGACUUAUUAUAACUGCUUUUCUUUUUUUGUGGCAUAAACUUUGCUGCUACCAUUUUUAUAAUGUUCAUGUAAUUUGAAUUAUACUCUAUAUACUACCAAAAAGAAACAUAUACAUAGGUUUAUCAUCAUUUGCUAUUUGAGCCUUUUUUGAACUACAUAAAUCCAAAGGAAAACUAGACACAAACUUGUCUUUAUUGAGGAAUUUCUUUAAAGAGUACAUGUUGGAACAUUUUGUCAAUUUGGCCACACAAUGAAUAUGGCAUGUAGUGUAAAUCAUUUUUGUAAAUAAAAGAGGCUAUCAUAUUAAA